AUGACAUUGAUAAACGAAUGCCUGAAUUGCUCUAUUUUCCGAUGGUCGGGACAGUACUACCGACAACUUAGAGGCCUAGCUAUGGGACAAAGGCUGGCACCCACUCUCGCCAUUGUUUUCAUGGCCAAGAUCGAAAAGCCUAUAACAGACCGCGAACCACUGCUGUAUUAUCGUUACAUAGAUGAUUGCUGCGUCGUCUGCUCAACCCAAGCAGAACUAGACGCGUGCUUCAAUCUUCUCAAUCAGCAGUGUCCGCACAUUAAGUUCACAAGGAAGAGACCGAUAGACAACUGGUUGGCUUUCCUGAAUGUGCACAUUUACUUGCGGAAUGGGAUAUGUAAGACUAAGUGGUACCGGAAACCCAGUAGUAAAAACAUCUUAAUCCACUGUCUUUCAGCGCAUCCCAGCAAAAUGAAAAAAUCUGUUAUAGGUAACAUGUACAGAACGGCGGCAAGAGUCUCAUCGAGUAGCCAGGAAAAAGCAUGGUCUAUAAAUGUGGCCCAUAAAGUAGCAAUGUCCAAUGGGUACCCAGCUGGAGAUGGUGCUACCCGACAAGCACGGUAUCCCUCUCGAAGACCCAACGUAGUGGAUAGCCUAGAGAAGAUCCCUUUCUGUUUACCUUAUAUAUCUGAUGAUAUGAGCAGAGCAGUACGGGGCUGUCUACGAAAAGCGGGUCUAAGGAAUGACGUGAGGGUUGUGGAAAUACCUCCAGCAAACCUCAAGGGUCAGCUGGUACGUAACCGUGUAUAUGAUCGACUCUGCACAACUCCCAGCUGCGUGGUUUGCCCGUAUGGCAGAGAGGGUGAUUGCAUGAUAUCGGGAGUGGUGUAUCGUAUCACGUGCAGGUUGUGCGGUGACGAUUAUAUAGGGGAAACGGGACGCCCACUGUGUAUUAGGGUCAAGGAGCAUCUAGAUGGACUCGCAAAAUCAAAAACCUUCACCCCACACCGUAGAAUAUGUCAUCCAAACUCCGAAGUAGAGGUAGAAGUUCGUAUAUUAUCCUACGAGUCCGAAAUCACAGCACGCAGAACGCUAGAGGCCUUUUGGAUAACCGCCAAAAGUCCAAAAAUGAACAAGAAGGAUGAGUGCAUUGCGAUCACAAACGAGUUAUCCCCGUAUCAAGACCUAUGCGGGUUUUGA